AUGUUUGCUAAACUGAAAAAGAAGAUUGCAGAGGAGGCCGCCACAGCACCUCGGAGUGGUGUUCGCAUACCCCGUACCAUCAGCAAGGAAUCCAUCACCUCAGUGGGAGCAGACUCCGGGGAUGACUUUGCAUCUGAUGGCAGCAGCUCCAGGGAUGACCUUCCUGCCCAGCUCCUCAGAAGAAAUGAUCAGAUCCGGAGGCUGGAGGCCAAGCUGUCAGCAUCCAUAAAGAAACUUCAGGAACAGAAUGACUCUCAUCAGGUCAGCAGAGCCAAAAUGGCAGAGGGGAUGGCUUUAGCGUUGGAGAAAAAAGAUCAGGAGUGGAUGGAGAAAAUGGCCAAUUCAGACAAAGAGAAGGCUGCCCUGUCAGCUCGGCUAGAGGAGACGAUGGAGCAAAGCUUAGCACUCUUUCAAAAAAGGGACGACCUGGAUGAACUGGAGGGCUUUCAGCAGCAGGAGCUCGCUAAAGUUAAGCACAUGUUGCUGAGGAAGGAAGAACUGCUGAGCCAGCAAGAGCGGGACCUUCAGCGUAAGGAGGCUGAUAUUCAGUCGGCAAAGCGAGGGCUGGCCGAGGCUCGGGGGAAGCUCCAGACUCUGGAACGGCAGCACGAGGAGAGCUGCAGACUCAACUCUGAGCUGGAGAUCGAGCGAGAAGAGCUGCUGCUGCUCAGAGAGGAGGCUGACAAGAAGGUCGGCGAGCUAGAGGGACGAUGCCAGGAGCUGCAGUCGGUCAUCCAGCAGGUCUCUGAAGACUUCCAGAAGUCACAGAGUAUGGUUUCCACGUUGGAGAAGUCCCUCCAUGAAUUACAGACAGAACAUGAUGCUCUGAAGCUGCAGCAGCAAAAGGCGGCUGUGACGGUGGAGGACAAGGAGCGCUUGUUGGUGGAGCUUCAGAAGAAGGUAACGUCGUUGGAGAGACGACUGCAGGGGAACCUGAGCCAGGAUGAGCACCUACAGGAGCUGCUGCAGGAGAAGUCUAGUCUGGAGCAAAGUCUGGACGGGACGAGAGCAGAGCUGCUGGCUGUCCGGACAGACCACGCUGAUACCGUCAGCUCUCUGGAGGCUCAGGUGUCGAGGAUGAGCGUCACUAUUACUGAGCUGCAGACUCUUCUGCGACACAAAGACGACUCGUCCAGGGCCUACAGAGAGAGGACAGACACACAAAUUGCUCAGCUGGAGCAGCAGGUUGUGGAGAGCAGUGAGAGGCUGAGCAGUGCACAGCAGCAGCUCGCAGAGAAGCAGCAGAACAUGGAGAAACUGCAAGGAGAGCGGAGUGCAGAGAAAGCCUUUCUGGACCAGCAGCUGUCUUUGUUAGAGCAGCAGAGUCAGGAGAAGAUGAGCCGCCUGGAGGACUGUGUCGCCUCUUUACAGAAGGACAAACAGACGCUACAGAACAGGCUGGUGGAGCUAAACAGCCGACAGACGCUAAGCACAGAAAUUGCCAAAGCUCUGGAAGAAACCAGACGACAGAAGGAGGGCCUGCAAACACAGGUUGCAGAGCUGAGUGCGGCUCUACAGAGCUCACAGCAGGAAGUGACCGCUGUCACUGAGAAGCUAGCACUCAGAGAGGACGACAUCAGAUCGCUCCAGAAUGAGGUGCAGGGGCGACAGGCUUCCCUGGUGGAGGUGCAGGAGGAGGCUGAGCGGCUGAGAGCCCAGCUGCAGCAGGUGGAGCUGGACAAAGACUCCCAGCUCAGCAGCCUGAAGGAGGAGCUGCUCACACAGACUCAGCAGCUGGACAGCUGCCAGGCUCGGAAAUUAAAACCUGAGUCCGAAGCUGAAGCGAGGGAGAAGCUACCUGAAAGCAGAGCAGAAAAACCGGAGAGAGUUUGUCCUGACCCUGCACCUGCAUCCACCCCGAGUCCCCCGACCUCCAACACCACAGUGACCAACACCUCGGACCUCAACGACUCAAGAGAAAUUAAUUUUGAGUAUCUCAAGCACGUCGUCCUCAAGUUCAUGUCAUCCAGAGAGGCAGAGGCAUACCAGCUGAUAAGAGCUGUAUCUGUGCUGCUGAACUUCACUCGAGAAGAAGAGGACAUGCUGAAGCAGACUCUGGAGUACAAGCGGCAGCAGAAGUGGACCCUAGAAAAACUGCAGUGA